AUGUCUUUGGCUGGCACUAUUAAUGUUGGAAAAUACAACAAUAAAAGCGAAUUACAAUACAAUCAUGACGUUCAAGAAUUUGAAAAUCUGCCUUUUAAAAUUAAAAUUGAAUCUAUCGAUAGGAAAGACAAUUAUACGAGAUUAUUUUUUUUAAACAAUCAAGGUAAAGAAGACAAUAUCCCAGAAG